UAAAGGACGAAACGAAAAGAGUGAGGGAGUGAGGGGAUAUAAAGUGAAAAAAAAAAAAUCCAACUGAGCAGAGAAGGGAAAGAGAGAAGGGGGAAGAGAGAGAGAGAGAGAGAGAGAGAGAGAGAGAAAGAGAGAGAAAGAGACGGUGUCCCAUCUGCCUGCCUUUGCCACCGAAGCAAUGCUGGAAAGCUUUGCCAGAAUCGUUGGAAUGCCUGGAUUAUUGCUGGGGAGGACAGGGUUAAAAUCUGGUUGCUGUGGGGAUGCCACUGUCCAUCUCUGCCUUUUGCGUGGACAGCCUGUCUAUUCCCCUAAGCCACACAAAGCCCCAGAAAGCCACAAAACAAGAGACUUUGAGUAUUAAAAAGGAGAGCGGCGGACAGCAGGAGCAAACUGGUUUUUGAAGAGGUAGAUCUCUAAAAAGGUCUGAGUGCUUUGAGCUCACCCAACUACCUCAGGACACUGCAGAGAGAGCAGGAGGGAGGAAGGGAGAGAGUGUGAGAGAGUGAGUGUGAGAGAGAGCGAGCGAGAGAGAGAGUGUAAAACAGAGAGAGAGAGAGAGAGAGAGAGAGAGAGCGAGAGAGAGAGAUCCAAGCCAGCGCACACUCUCUCUUUUGCUGCUACAACGGAUCCUUUCCACAUCGACGCUACUGUUAACGUCACGCCUGUAAGCCGCGCGCUCGACCAGCGCUUGCCUUCCCUGUGUUGCUCCUCUCCCCAGUCGGACGCUGCAUUAGCGAGAGGGUGCUGAUCACCACGAGGAGAGGAGGAAAAAAAAAAAACUGGAAAACAAGAAGAAAAAAGAAGCACGCCGGAGAGAGGAAGGAGAAACUGCGCACCACCCCUCCUCCCUCUAACCCACCUCGAUCAACCCAGCUACAACACCCCCACUCCUCCCAACACCCCCUUCCAUCCCCCACCCCACUCCCCCUCUGAAGAAAUUGACGGAUUAUUGGGAAGUGCACGGGAGGCAGGCUGCAGCUGCUGCUGUGUGUGCUCGCUACUGCUGCUGUGUGCUUCGCAGGGAUGGUGUGUGCGCGUUUGCAAUUGCUGCUGUCGCCACCACGGCUGCCGAGGCUGGAGCGUGUGGCUAGUUAAGAGGAGGAAGAAGCUAAUGAAAGCAGUGUGUGUCGUCUAGGCUUUUCAACCCCCACCGAGCACUCCUGGAGGAGAAAAGAAAAAAAAAAAAAUCAUAAGAAAAAAUCAAGUGGACACGACGCCACAGAGGGGGAGCAAGGGGAAAAGAACGAGAGAGGGAGAAGAGCUGUCAGACUGAUCAACUGACCAACUGAUUGACCACUUAAAAGUGAACAGAGGAAUACAGAGAGGAGGGAGUCUGUUUUUUUUCUGGACUUGUCAACCUCCCCUCCUAACCAUCGCAAAACAAAAGGCAAAGAACACUGGAAAGGACUGUGGAAUUUUCAUUCAACCUUUUCAUUCCCACCCCCACCUACCUCCCUCUUUUUGUCCUUUCUGCCUUGGCUUUUGGUGCACAAAAAAUUGUGCAUGUGUGUUUGUGUGGUCGCCUGUGCUAUGGAGACCUGGGUAAGGUGUCUAGCAGGGGGAUCAACUGUCGGAUUCCAAGGACAAGCCAGAGAAGAAGAGCCGACAGCAAGAAGCGAGCAAGGGAGCACUGCUGCUUUGGGAGCCUGACUGGAUUCCUAUCUACAAUCUUUUUUUUUUUCUUUUUUUUUCCCUAAUCAACAAGGAAAGGGAGAAAAAACACUCACUAAGGGCCUUCGAACCUUUCUCUUUGGAUGUGUGGAUUUACAAAAGGGCUCAUCUUGGUUAAGCUCUUUGGCAUUGAUACCUGUUUUGACAGCAAAUAUAAAAAGGCUUUCUUUGCUGCUCUUGGAUAUACAUACAUCUGAUCUGAAUACCACAGCUCUUUCUGAUUGCAAAAAAGGAGGGAAGCUAUAUAUCUCAGUUCAAGGACCUGUAAUAAUAACUUGAGAAAAGCCAGCCCUUUCUUCCCUCUCCUCUCCUUCUGCCCCUGAGCACAGUUCAUGGAAAUAAAAGCAUUGCUUAAUUGAGGAUAGGUCAAGUCCUCUUGCCCCUUAGCAAACACCCCAAACCCACAUUCUCCCCUUAUCCUCUUCAGUUCCCUUAACCUCUUUACUCUGGUGCCCUUAACACUACCACCAGCCAACCAGCUACUUUCCCUGUCCCCAAAGCCCCCAAAAACUUGCCCCAAACACCCCAAUCCUCCCCCCCAGAUGAUGCUGAAUUAUGAACGUGCCACAUCAUGAGUCUCCUGGGGCGGGUAGCUGUGCAUCGUGCCAGGAAAGCCGCCCUGCUCUGUGUAGUCUUCCUGAUGGCGCGAGCGUGGAGCAGCGCCUCCCUGGCCUUGGCAGGGGCGGCGGUGUCUCAAGGACCCCAGGGCUGUCCACCGCAGUGUUCCUGCAGUAAUCAGCAGGGGAAGGUGGUGUGCACCCGACGUGGCCUCACCCGUGUGCCCCCUGGCAUUCCUGCCAACACGCGACACCUCAAUCUAAUGGAAAACGCCAUCGAGGCGGUGCAGGCUGACUCCUUUCGCCACCUGCACCACCUUGAGGUGCUCCAGCUUGGGCGAAAUGCCAUACGUCAGAUUGAGGUGGGCGCAUUUAAUGGACUCACCAGCCUCAACACACUGGAGCUGUUUGACAACCGGUUGACAGUGGUGCCUAGUGGGGCCUUUGAGUACCUUUCUAAACUGAGAGAACUGUGGCUGAGGAACAACCCCAUUGAGAGUAUCCCUUCCUAUGCCUUCAACCGGGUUCCCUCCCUAAUGCGACUGGACCUGGGAGAGUUAAGGAAACUGGAGUACAUCUCAGAAGGAGCUUUUGAGGGCCUACAAAACCUCAAGUACCUCAACCUGGGCAUGUGCAACAUAAGAGGUGAUAUGCCAAACCUGAGUCCCCUGAAGGGCCUGGAGGAACUGGAGAUAUCUGAAAAUCACUUCCCUGAAAUAAAGCCAGGCUCCUUCAAAGGCCUGCGCUCACUGAAAAAGCUAUGGGUGAUGAACUCACAAAUCACAGUGAUAGAGCGCAAUGCUUUUGACGACUUAAAGUCAUUGGUGGAGCUUAAUCUCGCCCAUAAUAACCUGAGCGCUGUGCCACAUGAUCUGUUCUCUCCGCUCGGGUUCCUGGUGGAGCUCCAUCUCCACCAUAACCCUUGGACCUGUGGCUGUGAAGCUGUAUGGUUAGCACGCUGGCUGAGGGAGUACAUCCCUACUAACUCAACAUGCUGUGGACGCUGUCACUCACCUGCCAGCAUGAGAGGUCGACAGCUGGUUGAGGUGGAUCGAGGAGAGGGCGCAGCAGUCCAAUGUUCUGCACCAUUCAUUGCUGAUGCGCCAAGAGACUUGAACAUCUCAGCGGGGCGAGUGGCUGAGCUUCGAUGCCGCACGGCCCCAAUGUCCUCAGUACGCUGGCUACUGCCCAAUGGGACAAUCCUGACACAUGCCUCUGGUCACCCGAGAAUAUCAGUCCUCAAUGAUGGUACUCUUAACUUCUCAAAUGUUCUUGCAGCAGACACAGGCACUUACACCUGCAUGGUGUCCAAUGCAGCGGGGAACUCCAAUGCUUCAGCCUACCUCAAUGUGAGUGCAGCUGAGCUUAAUACAUCCAACUUGAGUUACUUCACCACAGUGACUGUGGAGGUCUUGGGGCCAACCACUGAGAUGCCCAAACCUAAAACCACCACGGCCACAGCUGCUGCUGCAGGGGCAGGGGUCGCUGGAGGAGGAGGGGUAGGCCUUGGGACAACAACUACAACUGCUUCUCCUUCUGUGUUCCAGCCAGUCUUCAUCUCCACACCAACUGUGCUGUUGCAAAGCACUGAUAGCCCACCAGGUGCAGCUAAGCCAUCUGUGGUGCCAGGACUCCAAGGUGCCACUGGCAAGCCAGGCAAGUCUGGCCCUAGCCUGGAUGAAGUGAUGAAGACCACCAAGAUCAUAAUAGGUUGUUUUGUGGCAGUGACACUGUUGGCUGCUGUCAUGCUCAUUGCCUUCUACAAAUUGAGAAAGCGCCACCAGCAGAGGAGCACAGUGGCAGCUGCCCGCACUGUGGAGAUUAUCCAGGUGGAUGAGGAGGACCUUCCACCACCAGCAUCUGCAGCUCAAGAGACAGCACUCACAUUGCCUGAAAUCCGGGACCAUAACAGCAUACACAAACUGGACUUUAUCAGCCACAAGACUGACUACAGCUUUCACAAACCCAAGGCCGAAUACAAACCCCAGCCUGAUUUCACCCUUCACAAGCCGAAGGCUGAGUAUACCACAUAUAAGCCAAAUAUGGACUUCAGUAGCCACAAAACCAUCCCAGAUUACAGCACUCACAAAUCUACACCAGAUUUCAGCCUUCAUAGACCAAAGCCUGACUACAGCCCAUUUAGACAGGACUACAGCUCUCACAAACCUAAAGGAGAAUACAGCCCAUUCAAACCAGACUUUGGCACCCAUCCAAAAACUAAAACGGACUACAGCCCCUUCAAACCAGAUUACAGCACUCAUCCUAGGCAGAAAUCUGACUUCAGCCCAUUCAAACGAGAUUACAGCACCCAACCAAAACCUAGACAUGACUACAGCCCAUUAAAAUCAGACUACAACACACAACAUAAACCUAAGGCUGAAUACAGUCCAUUCAAGCCCGACUUUGGCACUCACCCAAGACCUAAACAUGACUACAGCCAAUUUAAGCCUGACUAUAGCACUCAACCGAAACCCAAAACAGACUACAAUGCCCAGAGAUCUAAAAUUGAGCUUUCCUACAAACCCAAGGACCCUUACACCCCCCAUAAGACUGCAACCGAUUACAGCGCCUUCAAGACUGACUUCAGCCCACACAAAGCGGAUUACAGCGCCUUCAAGUCUGACUUUAGUCCACACUCUCAGAGACCUAAACUUGAUUACAGUCCACACAAAGCGGACUACAGCCCCCAUAAAGUGGACUACAGCACUCUAAAGCCUAAAUACAACACCUACAAACCAACUGGCCAUGGGGCUAAAUGGACAGACAACAAUGUUGGGAACUCUUUGCCUCGAACCUUGCCCAGCACCAUCACAGCAAUGGCUGAGCCCUUUGUCAUAAAAACUCAUACCAAGGAGAAGGUACAGGAGACUCAGAUUUAAAAGGCCCCCCAAAAGGCUCCCACUCCUUUCCCUAGGCCCCUAGCUCCCACCCACCCCUGUCCCACACCUCCCUGCGUCUUUUCCUCAUUAAAUCAUGCAAUAGAAUGCACAACGGAAAAAGGACAGGAACUACUUUUUUGUACAGAGUGCAAACUUAAAAAGACUGAUGAUUUCUUGUUGUACAUGCUUAUAAAUAAAUAUAUAUAUAUGGACAAAUUGAAACUACCAUGGGCUGGUGAUAGAGAAACAUAUAUUAAAAAGAAAUUGAAACUAUUUUCUAACUUGUAACUUCUAUUUAAAACAAUGAGUUGUUUAAGAUGCUGUCUUGACUUUGACAAAUGAGGGUAGUCUUGUUUUAAAAAGGGGCAUUCUGUGUGAUUUUUACACCAUGCUACAGAGAAUGCAGUGAUAAGAAAAAAUAUUUAUACAGAGAAGACUUUCUUUAACAAAAACCGAAAAAAGGUCAGUGUUGAUCUUUACAGGUUUAUCUUGUAAAAGCACCAAGAAUUUGUACUGUGCCAAAUGUUAUAAAUGCAAUAAAAUGGAUUUUUGGAAGAAAAAAGGAA